AUGAGUAUGCUGGUAAUUCUGCUGAACUGUGUCACUUUGGGUAUGUUCCACCCUUGUGAAGACAUGGGCUGUGACUCCCCACGCUGCAAGAUUCUUCAGGGUUUUGAUGAUUUUAUCUUUGCCUUCUUUGCGGUGGAAAUGAUAAUCAAGAUGAUUGCCUUGGGGAUUUUUGGGAAGAAGUGCUACCUGGGAGACACAUGGAAUCGUCUGGACUUUUUUAUAGUUCUAGCUGGCAUGCUGGAAUACUCUCUGGACUUGCAGAAUGUCAGUUUCUCAGCUGUUCGGACUGUCAGGGUACUCCGGCCCUUGAGAGCCAUUAACAGAGUUCCUAGUAUGCGCAUCCUGGUUACCCUGCUUUUGGACACGCUUCCUAUGUUGGGGAAUGUCCUCCUUCUCUGCUUCUUUGUCUUCUUCAUCUUUGGUAUUGUUGGAGUCCAGCUUUGGGCAGGGCUGCUUAGGAACCGCUGCUUUCUACCCGAAAACUUCAGUCUGCCUUACAUGGUGGAACUGGAAUCCUAUUAUCAGACAGAGAAUGAAGAUGAAAGCCCUUUCAUCUGCUCACAGCCCCGAGAAAACGGAAUGCGGUAUUGCCGCAGUAUUCCAACCCGGAGGGAGGAAGGCCUGGAGUGCACCCUGGACUAUUAUUCCUACAAUGACACCACUAACACCUCUUGUGUCAACUGGAACCAAUAUUACACAAACUGUUCUGCCGGGGAGCACAACCCUUUCAAAGGAGCUAUCAAUUUUGAUAACAUUGGAUAUGCCUGGAUUGCAAUAUUUCAGGUCAUCACCCUGGAGGGCUGGGUAGAUAUCAUGUACUUCGUCAUGGAUGCUCAUUCCUUCUACAACUUCAUAUAUUUCAUUCUCCUGAUCAUUGUGGGCUCUUUCUUCAUGAUAAAUCUCUGCCUUGUGGUCAUAGCAACCCAGUUCUCAGAGACCAAGCAGCGAGAGAGCCAGCUAAUGAAGGAGCAGCGAAUCCGCUACCUCUCCAAUGCAAGUACGUUGGCCAGCUUUUCGGAGCCAGGAAGCUGUUAUGAUGAACUUCUCAAAUAUCUCGUCUAUGUCCUUCGUAAGGCCAGCAAGCAAGUGAUGGAAGCCUGUCAGACCACAGGGGUAAAGAUGGGCUUUCUCGCCAGCCCAGGCAGUAAGAACAGUGCAGAGAGACAACCGUGCAAACAUCGUCCACGGAAAAGGUCGUCAGUGCAUCACCUCAUUCACCACCACCACCACCACCACCACCACUAUCACCUGGGCAAUGGAAGCCUACGGGCACCACGAGCCAGUCCUGAAAUCAGUGAUGUUGAAACCAGCUCCCUUCACAAUGGUGCCAACCGACUGAUGCUUCCUUCAGUAGUCAAUCCUUCUCACGUGGCGUCUGGCAACACGGAAUCUGUUCACAGUAUCUACCAUGCAGAUUGUCAUUUUGAGCCAAUUCAUUGCCAGUCAUCUCUCUCUCAGCCUGGUCUCAGUCUGCCAGGACCCGAGGUGCUUCCCAGGACUGUUGUUGGCAGCAAGGUUUACCCAACUGUACACCCAAGUAGCUCCCACGAGCUCCUCAAAGAUAAGGGUUUAGCGGAGUCCACAUUGAACCCUGGGGUUAGCACACUGAUGAACCUUAACAUCCCUCCAGGGCCUUAUAGUCCAAUGCAGAAGCUACUGGAAACACAGAGCACUGGUCCCUGUCAAAGUUCCUGCAAGAUUUCCAACAAGGGGGGGAAACCUGAUAAUAUUUGCAACCCAGAAAGUUGUCCCUAUUGCACAAAAACUUUGGCUAACCAUCUAGAGCAGAAGGAUCACGAAGCAGGAGACUCGGACAGUGAUGGAGUGUAUGAAUUCACCCAGGACGCUCACUACGGUGACCAGAGAGACCCUCAGUGCUGGAAAGCUCAGGGAAGAAACACAGUAAAACUUCUAGCCUUCUGGAAGGUGGUUUGUGAGACGUUUCGGAAGAUUGUGGAUAGCAAAUACUUUGGCCGCGGGAUCAUGAUCGCUAUCUUGAUCAAUACCCUCAGCAUGGGGAUUGAAUAUCACGAGCAGCCAGAAGAACUCACCAAUGCACUGGAAAUAAGCAAUAUUGUGUUUACUAGCCUCUUUGCCCUAGAAAUGCUUCUGAAGCUUCUUGUGUAUGGCCCUUUUGGUUACAUCAAAAAUCCCUACAAUAUCUUUGAUGGAAUCAUUGUAGUGAUCAGUGUGUGGGAGAUAGUUGGACAGCAAGGUGGAGGCUUAUCUGUUUUACGAACCUUCCGUCUUAUGCGAGUUCUAAAGCUGGUCCGGUUUAUGCCUGCUCUUCAGCGCCAGUUAGUGGUCCUCAUGAAAACCAUGGACAAUGUGGCCACCUUCUGCAUGUUACUGAUGCUUUUCAUCUUUAUCUUCAGUAUCCUUGGGAUGCAUCUCUUUGGGUGUAAGUUUGCUUCAGAGAGAGAUGGAGACACUCUCCCUGACAGGAAGAAUUUUGAUUCCUUGCUCUGGGCCAUUGUUACUGUUUUCCAGAUCCUGACUCAGGAAGACUGGAAUAAAGUCCUCUACAAUGGCAUGGCUUCUACCUCUUCCUGGGCUGCUCUCUACUUCAUUGCCCUCAUGACAUUUGGGAAUUACGUUCUCUUUAAUUUGUUGGUUGCUAUCUUGGUGGAAGGCUUUCAGACGGAGGGGGAUGCUACUAAGUCUGAUUCUGAGGGGGAACUUUCCCCCCAUAGUCUGGAAGAAGAGUGUGGACUUAAGAAAAAAUUUUCAAAUCCAGCCUUGAUGGCUCUUUGUGACCACCCAGAGCUAAAGAAGAGCUUGACUCCCCCACUUAUCAUUCACACAGCUGCUACACCCAUGCCCCUGCCAAAAAGUGCCAUCUAUGGAGAAGUGGCUCAGGACUAUGAUUCCCGAAGAGCUAGUGGCAUCUCCAUGGAUCCUAAUACAUUUGAUCUCAAAUCUCUGGUCAGUGCCCGGAGCUCUCCACACAGUCCAUGGAGUGCAGGAAGUAGCUGGAACAGCCGCAGGUCAAGCUGGAACAGCAUUGGGCGGGCCCCUAGCUUGAAAUGCCGUACCAAUCAGAGCAGUGAGCAUAAAUCACUUCUGUCGGGGGAUGGAAAGCAGAGUUCGGAGGAAGGGGAAAGCUCAGAUGAAGAACAAUCCAGCCGGACUGGGAGCAUUAACGGCUCUAUACCUCACCGCAUGGAGUCGCUAGAAACCAAAGGCUCCUUUGACUUCCAAGAUACCCUGCAGGUGCCUUCUCUUUAUCGGACCAGCAGCAUCCAUAGUAGCCACAGCUCUGCAACAGGGCGUCAAGACUACAAUGGCAAAACAACCUCAAGAGUCCUGAUUCAGCAGCUUCAUUUGGAUGAUCCACUCCCAGAAUGUGAUGAUUUGGAUGAUGAGGGCAACCUAAGUAAAAAGGAUCGUAUGAAGGCUUGGAUAAGGGCACGCCUCCCUUCCUGGUGCAAGGAAAGAGAUUCCUGGUCUGUCUACAUCUUUGCUCCUCAGUCUAAAUUCCGUCUGAUAUGCAAUAAAAUCAUUUCCCACAAGAUGUUUGAUCACAUUGUCUUGGUUAUAAUUUUUCUGAACUGUAUCACCAUCGCAAUGGAGCGUCCUAAAAUUGAGCCCCUCAGUGCUGAACGGAUUUUCCUCACUCUCUCCAACUAUAUUUUCACAGCAAUCUUCUUGGCUGAAAUGACCAUAAAGGUGGUGGCUCUGGGCUUGUGCUUUGGAGAGAAGGCCUACUUGCGGAGCAGUUGGAAUGUGCUGGACGGGGUGCUGGUUCUCAUCUCUGUGGUUGACAUUCUGGUUUCAAUGGUUUCUGACAGUGGAACAAAAAUCCUUGGAAUGCUAAGAGUUUUAAGGCUGCUGCGAACUCUGAGGCCGUUAAGGGUCAUCAGUCGAGCCCAAGGACUGAAGCUGGUUGUGGAAACCCUGAUGUCCUCCCUGAAACCCAUUGGAAACAUUGUUGUGAUUUGCUGCGCUUUUUUCAUCAUUUUUGGCAUCUUGGGAGUCCAGCUGUUCAAGGGGAAGUUUUUUGUCUGCCAAGGGGAAGACACGAGGAACAUUACCAACAAGUCAGACUGUGCAGAAGCCAACUAUAAAUGGAUCCGGCACAAGUAUAAUUUUGAUAAUCUUGGCCAGGCUUUAAUGUCUUUGUUUGUUCUGGCCUCUAAAGAUGGGUGGGUGGACAUCAUGUAUGAUGGAUUGGAUGCUGUAGGAGUAGAUCAACAGCCAGUCAUGAACUAUAACCCUUGGAUGCUCCUCUACUUUAUCUCCUUCCUGCUGAUUGUUGCCUUCUUUGUCCUCAACAUGUUUGUGGGAGUUGUGGUGGAGAAUUUCCAUAAGUGUCGCCAGCAUCAGGAAGAAGAAGAAGCCAAGAGACGAGAAGAGAAGAGGCUCCGACGCCUGGAGAAAAAGAGAAGGAAAGCACAGUGUAAACCGUACUACUCUGAUUAUUCUCGCUUCCGACUUCUGAUUCACCAAAUGUGCACCACCCAUUAUCUGGACUUAUUCAUCACAGGUGUGAUUGGGCUCAAUGUCAUCACCAUGGCCAUGGAGCAUUACCAGCAGCCCGAGAUUCUUGAUGAAGCUCUGAAGAUAUGCAAUUACAUUUUCACAGUCAUCUUUGUCAUGGAAUCAGUUUUCAAGCUCAUUGCAUUUGGGUUUCGUCGGUUCUUUCAAGAUAGAUGGAAUCAAUUAGACCUAGCAAUAGUACUCUUGUCCAUCAUGGGGAUCACGCUGGAAGAGAUUGAGGUGAAUGCAUCACUGCCCAUCAACCCUACCAUCAUCCGCAUUAUGAGGGUCCUAAGGAUUGCUCGAGUGUUAAAAUUGCUGAAGAUGGCUGUAGGGAUGAGAGCUCUCCUGGAUACAGUCAUGCAAGCACUGCCUCAGGUGGGGAAUCUAGGUCUUCUCUUCAUGUUGUUGUUUUUCAUAUUUGCAGCUCUUGGGGUGGAGCUGUUUGGAGAUCUUGAAUGUGAUGACACUCAUCCCUGUGAGGGUUUAGGGAGGCAUGCAACAUUUCGCAACUUUGGAAUGGCUUUCCUCACACUCUUUCGUGUAUCCACAGGAGACAAUUGGAAUGGGAUAAUGAAGGACACAUUGCGGGACUGCGAUGAGGAAUCCACCUGUUACAACACCGUCAUCUCGCCUAUCUACUUCGUCUCUUUUGUGCUGACAGCCCAGUUUGUCCUGGUGAAUGUGGUGAUUGCUGUCCUGAUGAAGCACCUGGAGGAGAGUAACAAGGAAGCUAAAGAAGAAGCAGAACUGGAGCUGGAGCUGGAAAUGGAAAUGAAGACAAUCACACCGGGCCAGCACCCACCUUCUGACUCCUUCAUGUGGACAAGCAGUAACACAGGAGAACGGCCUGAGAGUCCUGGAGGAUACACCAACCCCAUGCAAAUCCAAGUGGAUUCUCAGCUGUCAGCGGUUCAUCCUAUGACUGAUCUUCCUUCCAUUAAUGACCCCCUGAUUCUCUCAUCAAACCAGGAUCUGCUGAGAGUAGGGAAGACUUCGGUGGGCCGCACCCACUCUCUGCCAAACGAUAGCUAUAUGUUUCAGGCUCCAGAUACUGGCACCUAUGAUGCUUCCUCGGGAGAGAAAAACACACCGCAUCAAAGAUCUCAGUCAGGGUCAACGACGUCAGUGCAGUCUCAGCCUGCAAGUACUGAUGCUGUUCUACACAUUGCAAGCGAGCGAUUCCACCCCUUCAAGCCCCAAUAUAAUCUUGACUGGGAAAGCAAACCCAAAGUUGCUCCCCCUGUGCAUUCUCCAUGUGCAGAACGGUUACUUCGCAGACAGAUGGCAAUACGGAAUGACUCUUCAGAUACUCAUAGUUCAGAAAGCAGAGAGAACAUCCAUGCUGAGGUGAGUGAGCUCUCCGAUUCAAAUUUGUCAGCUCCAUCAACUGAGGACCUUUCUAUCACUUUGACAUCCUCAGAAGCAAGAGAGUCUGCCAGCUGGGUCCGAUCCAGUGUUCAUACUCAGCAACAUUCCCGCAAUCAAUAUAACAUCUCCAAGCAUGUUCCAGAUUUGUGUGCCUGUACAGACUCUCUUCAAGAACUACCUGGGGACCCAACGGACCAAGAAGUAUCAGAAAUAAACAGCUGUUUUACUUCAGGAACUUGUUCAGCCAUGAGUGCCUCUUCAGUGGUUCAGCCUGAGACCCCUAAGAGAAAUGUAGGCAACAGUGGCAAUGUUCCCUUGAAGGACCUGAAGAAGUGCUACAGUGUAGAUACACAAGGUCUUCUUAAAAAACCAUCGUCUUGGUUAGAUGAUCAAAGGAGACAUUCCAUAGAAAUUUGUUCAAUGGAAAACAGCCCCCAGCAUCAUUCCACAUCUAGUUCUUCUGGCUUCAUCAGUCAGGUCUUCAGUGAAAUGGAAGGCUUGCAAGGCACAAGGCCAAAGAAAAAAAUGAGCCCCCCAUGUAUAUCCAUAGACCCUCCUGAGGAACAGGGGUUGCUACUACGGAGGUCUUGCACUGUGUCCCCUUCCAGUGCAGAUGUUUGCUUGAGAAGACGUGCACCAUCUUGGGACUCCAAGGACUCAGUGGAUGCUGGGGAAUCCGCCCUCCCAGACAGUCUAUCAAUAACUCCAACUCCAAAGAAAGACUUGUUGACACUCCCUAGUUUUUCCUUUGAUCAACCAGAUGUGGACCCUUGAGAUGGUUUCUUUUCUGUUACUGGUGCCAAAUGUUCUUUUCCUCCCUCAUGUAAUAAAUUAAACCUCUCUAUUCUAAAAUGGCACUGAUUUUUUAAAAAUCCAAAGUUUAAAGAGCCAGCUGGUAGAAGAAUGGUUAAGCUAUAUCACGCUUACCUAAGCAUAAGUUCUGCUUGGGUAAAAGCAAUACAUUGUUCAGAGUCUAUAUGUAUAGUCUAUUUUAUUAAAUUAAUUGAACCUA